AUGGAUAAUCUGGAAAUAGAUCCCAGUGCGGCUAUAGCCGAAGAAGAAAACCCGGAACCUCCACAACCUGGCAACAAGAAGUUUGUUUCACCAUAUUUGGAUGCGCAGUUAAUGCACGAUGCUGAGGCGAUGGCAGCAGCUUCACCGAAAACAAAGAAGAAGAAGAAGUUCUUUAGCGG